AGCCAACUGUUAAGCUAAGAAGGAAAGUUGUAGAGCAGACUGAGAGAGAAGCUCAGUUAAAACUAAAAUGGUGGUUCUCUCUCCUUCUCUUCUUCCCGUCCCAACUCUCCAUUGCUUCAGGCAUGAAUCAGGUAGUACUGGCAGUGGAAUGCUAAGUCAUAAGAAUAGUAACUACAUCAGAAGAUUCCAUGAGAAAAUCACAGUGUGCUGCAGUUUUGAUUCAAAACCCACUUCUCAAAACGUGCUAUGUAGAAGGGAUUUGUUGCUCUUUGCUCUUUCUUCUUCACUCUCCGCACAUUUUCCAUCUUCAGGAUGUCUUGCUUCGGAGGAUGUACGAACGGCUUCAUUCGUUGAUGAGAUAAAUUCUUAUACCUAUUCAUACCCAGUGGAGCAGCCAUCUAAGAAAAUUUUUAAAUGGGUGGAAUCUAGAAAGCCUGAAAGGUAUUCAUCAGCUGCCCCAUUGUCUCCUGAUGCACGUCUACGCAUAGUGUCUGAACGUGUGGACUUUGCCGAUAAUCUCAUAAUUUCUGUUUCGAUAGGUCCCCCGAAUAUUCAGUUUUUGAAGUCAAAGGAUAAGAAGACAUGGGCAGCAAAAGAUGUUGCUGAUUCUGUAUUGUCUGACAAGUCUGCACUGCGUGUCACCUCAAGCCAGCGGAUGAGCGAGAGUUCUGUUCUUGAUGCGCAUGCCAGUGAAAUUGAUGGUGAGCUAUAUUGGUACUAUGAGUACCUUGUUCGCAAAUCACCAACAAAAUCCGCUCAAGAAGCAAACCUAUACCGACAUUAUGUUGCUUCAACAGCUGAACGGGAAGGUUAUCUAUACUCUCUAAAUGCUUCAACUCUUAGCAAGGAGUGGACCGAGAUGGGUCCCUUUUUGGAACAGACGGUUGCAUCAUUUCGCCUUCUUCCUCCCACUGAUAAUUAUGUUCCUCCAUACAAGGAUCCAUGGAGAUUUUGGUGACAACCCCUUUUUUCCUUUUUGUUUCUAUUGAUGAUAAUAAGUGUAAAAUUUUA